AUGGAUGAGUCAAACAUAACGUUUCAUCCCAGCGAAGGCACAGAGAACAUCUCAAUGCACAGAAACAUUUCUGCACAGGAAAGGGUCUGGGAGAUAUUGACCCCACUUUGGGUAAUUAUGAUCAUCUCCUUCCUGGGUUUUUGUGAAAAUGGAAUUGUCCUCUGGUGCCUCUGCUUCCAGAUCAAAAGAAACCCAUUCACUGCGUACAUCACACACCUGUCCAUUGCUGACAUCUCCUUACUGUUUUGUACAUUUAUUCUGUCAAUUGAGUACAUUGCUGGUUUUGGAUUCGCAUAUGGUUUUUACUACUAUGUAACCACCACACUGUCUAUUGUCUUCCUUCUUGGAUAUAAUACUGGUCUCUAUCUCCUGACAGCCAUCAGUAUUGAGAGGUGUCUGUCUAUUGUUUACCCCAUCUGGUACCGAUGCCACCGGUCACAGCACCAGUCAGCAAUUGUGUGCGCAAUUCUGUGGACUCUGUCUUUUCUGAUGACAAUAGCCGAAUAUUUAACAUGCAAAGAUGAUUCAACAAAGGAACAGUUUGAUGAUGCCAACCAUUGCCAAGCAAUGCUCAUCUUCACAUGGAUCCUGACUUUCAUGAUCUUCAUUCCUCUAAUGAUUCUGUCCAGCCUGAUCUUGGUUAUCAGGAUUCAUCGUAACUCCCUGAGACCUCACUCGUCAAAGCUCUACAUCAUCAUUGUGGCCACAAUCAUUGUCUUCCUCAUCUUUGCCAUGCCUAUGAGGCUGUUGUAUCUCCUGAAUUACCACCACUGGUCGUCUUUGCUCAGCCAGCAGAACCACGUCACCAUUGUUCUCUCCACUGUUAACAGUAGCAUCAACCCCCUUGUUUACUUCUUUGUAGGAAGCAGCAAGAAGAAGAGGUUCAAGGAGAGUCUCAAAGUGGUUCUUAGCAGAGCACUCACGGAUGGGUUGCGGCCGAGAAGCCAGGAAGUUGGCAUGAGUUUGGAUAUAGCUGAAACGAUUUUCUGA